GUUGAUAGCAGUCGUCGAUAUUAUCCCAGCACUAGUCUAGCAAGCAAUAAACAAAAUAGACUAAUUUCGUCAAUUAUUUAGCAAUAUCUCUAUUACAAGGCUUAAAAAACAAAUCGCAAUGGCACAACGGCAGCUGACUAUUGCCAAGUGACACAAACAUGCAGCCGUAAUUGCUGUCAAGCAAACCACGCAUCAAGAAGCAUUGAACGUGCUGUCAGUGCGAAGAAAUCUGUACUUGCCUUUGUUUUUGGCAGUCGAGUUUGUGAAUUAUUGCCCAUAUGGAUGAGAAUAAGACUUUUAGAUGCGACGUGGAUGGAUGCGGCAAAGCGUUCUGGUUCAAAGCCGCAUUACAACGCCAUCGGAAAACGCACAUUGUUGAGCCACCCGAUACCCCAGUUGUGACUUGGGGUUGCAGUGAUUGUCCUAAAUUCUUUUGCAAUGUGGAAUCGUUGCGACGACAUUUCAAAACAACACACGGCAAUGUUGUCCUCUAUCCUUGCGAUUUCGAGGGAUGCAAUCAAAUGUUUCAGCGCAAGGACAAUCUAGUUCGACACGCAAGGUCGCACAAGGAUGGAAAGAACUGUUGUGACAUUUGCGGUAGAUCAUUUGCUCGCAAGGAUGCCCUAACAAGGCAUAAAAAAGUUCAUACUAAAAAGAAAAAUGUUAAAAUCGAAAGAAACUGAAAGUUGUGGCACAACUGGAUCUCCUGUUUCCGCUAUUGAAAUUAAUGCAACUAUUGCCAUGCAACUAAGGUCACUAUGAAUUUUUAAUGCGUUUAUGGACCAGCGCAUUCAAGGGCUUUCACCACAUGAUGACAAAUCCUUCACGCAGACAAGUACGUGAGAAAUUAUUACAUCAAGAGUGUUUUAAUAUGUAAAUUGUAUAAAAACUAGAAAAAGGCAAUCAAUUAAGAAUAAAUUAUUCGAUUAGUACAAUAUAAACACAACAUGCAAUUCAAAAGAUGCCGCUUACUACUUGUAAGUAUGACCAGUCUUCAUAUGGCCUACUCAAUGUCGAAUAGUAUAUUUUCGAUAUAAACAUGCGGUCUCAUUGUCGUGCACGUUUUGUUGCCGCUUUGCAAGAUAAUAAUAAUAAUAAUAAUGGAGCAAACACAAGCUUUUUACGACUUUUGCAUACCGCACAACAAAGAUGACAAGAUUAUGAGAGCUACGCUAUCGGAAUUAGUUGACCUUGGCUAUAAGACAAUAGCCAUUGACCAAACCUUCGAUCACAGUAAAAAGGAGGCGGCAAAACGUGGAACCGAAAUAUUUCCUGAACCGCAAAGCAUUCAACAUUUGCGCAAGGAAUUCGACAGCAAAUUAAAGAUACUGCAACGGAUAACGAUCGUGUACGUGGAUGUUAAUGUCGCGCACGCAAUGAGCGUCUCGAUGAAUCUGCGAAAGUUUAAUUUGAUUGCUGGACAACCAAAAACAGAUGCUGCCUUGACACAUUGUUGCACCUCGUUUAAUGGCGACAUUAUCACAUUCGAUUCGUUGGCCGGCUCUCGUUUGUUAGUCAAUCGCAAAGCCUAUCAAAUUGCCAUCAGACGUGGGAUAUUUUUCGAGCUCAAGUAUUCGCCAGCCAUCACAGACUCAAACUAUCGAAAGGACAUGAUUAAGGUGGCCCAAAACUAUUGCACCAAAGGAAAGUCGAAGAACAUUAUCUUCAGCAGCGGCGCAGCCAACGAAUUCCAAGUCAGAAGUCCUUGCGAUGUUGCCAAUCUUGCCUUUAUUUUUGGUCUCUCGGAGGAUCAAGGCAAGAAUGCCGUCAAUCGCUUUUGCCGUCAGCUUUUUUUGCGAGCCGAAUCGCGCCGUUUGGGCAAAACAAUCAUGUUUGUCAAAGGCAACGGACCAAUUGUAUUUUCGGAUAGCUCUUCGGAUGACAACGAAAGUGCUGCAGAGGAUGAUGAAAUGGAUAGCAUGGAAACUGGGGAUGCCGAAAUUGAAGACUUCCAAAACGAAGUAGAAAGUGAAAACAGUCAAGAUAGAGAUAGAAAAAGAAUAAAACUGGCGUAGCCAAAUCAAAAUGCA